AAUUCGCAGUGCAAUAAAUGUAUGAAAAUGAGCACCCGGAAGUUUACCGAACGAACAUAAAUAAAAUUUAUAUUUUUCCUUUUUUCUCCGCUUUUCUAGUCUUUGUAAGCCAAGAUAUUUUAUUAACUGUUGUAUGUAAUUCAAAUAAACGAUGUUUGAUGGCUCCUUUUGCUAAGUUUAGAUAAUUUCAAUGUCUUCUUUUUUCUAGCAUUAUUAACCUAGUUGAUUCUUCUGUACAUUAUUAAACAAAAGAAAUGGAUGGUUUUGAAUUUUUCUCAAUAUUUUUAAUCGAUGAAAUAGAAAGGGGCAGAAGAAUGCAUGUUCGCCGGUCAUUGAGAGACGCUCAAGAUCCCUUAUCGUUACCUGAUCGAACAUUUAUGAGACAGUUUAGGAUCAGCAAAAACUUGUUUUCUUUUUUAGUAGAGGAAUUAAAGCCUGUUCUUCUUAAUAAAGGAGUUGUCCGAAUAUCACCUCAAGCAAGAAUUCUAGUAGCUCUAAGAUUUUAUGCUACUGGAAAAUAUCAAAAGUCACUUGCGGAUGAUAUCUUUGUAUCUGUUAGUCAAGCUUCAGUAAGCCGAUGUAUUCAUCAGGUUAGCAAAGCUAUUAAUGAAUUAUUGUUUCCAAAAUAUAUAAAGUUUCCUACUGUUGAAGAGGAACAAUCAGAAGGGCAAACAAAAUUCUUUGAAAAAUAUGGAUUUCCUAAUGUCAUCGGUGUGAUUGAUAGUACUUGCAUUGCUUUAAAGUCAAUAGAAGCACAGCAUCCCAAUUUCAUUAAUAGCAAAGGUGUUCACUCCCUUAAAGUGCAAAUGGUAACAGAUUCCUCAUUGAAGAUAUUAGGUAUAUGCUCCGAUUCUCCUGGUGGCACAGAGGAUAGUGCUAUGUGGUAUAAAAAUGAAAUUAGGGAAAUAUUGUCAUUGCAUCAAAAUCAUAACUCAUGGCUUUUGGGUGAUGGUAACUUUCCUCUGGAGCCCUGGUUACUAACUCCUUUUAAGAAUCCAGAUGAAAAUGAAAAAGUGUUCAACAAAAAGCAUUACGCUGCAAGGGAAUGCAUGAGAAAAUGCAAAAGAACAAUAAGAUCACGAUUUAGGUGUUUGGAUAAUGAACUGAAAUUAAGUUAUGCUCCUGGCCAGGUAUCACAAAUUAUAGAUGCUUGUGCAGUUUUGCACAAUCUGUGUAUCAUAAAGAAUGUUCCUUUCCAUUUGACUGAAAGUGUAGAUGAAGAUAGUGAUGAUUCUGAUAGUGAGGCAAAUGACAAUGGUGAACAAAUUGACGAAAACAUUAAUAGCAUUAUUAAUGAUAUGGCUUCAUUCACUCGUCAAAGAGUAUUGAAAGAUUUUUUAUCAACUACCUUAUAGUAAAUUUCAGCUGAAAUUGUUGCUUUUUUAAUCUUAACAAAUUAUUAAGGUACUAAUGAUAAUAAAAAUCAUAUAAUGAUGAUCGAUGAUACCAUAAUGAUGAUUCCUUAUAAUGAUGGUUAUAAUUUAAUUAUGAUAAUGUAUUUUGCUGAAAUAUUAUGUUAACUAGUCUUCCAAUUUGUCCUAUGAUAAAUUUAAGAUUGACUGUAGGGCCAAGAGUUUUUUUUUUAACACUUUCAUUUUAUUUUAUCUGUUUUUUAAUUGAAUAUUUUUGCAUAAAUUAUACAUAACUUUUCAUAAAAAAUAAUUGUUUUAGAAAUUUUUUAUUAACAUUCAAUAUUAUAAUUAUUUUUAUCAAUUUAUAAUUUUUUAAUGAUAUUAGGUGCUUGUCUCACCCAACUAGUCAUACUAGUCAUCACUUCCAGGUUCGGCAUGCAUUUCAAUAUUCCUUUUGUCCAACCUCACCAUUUUUCCAAAAUACUUUUUUUUUCCCAGUUAUAAUUAUUUACUUAAACAGCGAAAAACUUAAAAAAUUAAAUCAUUAUUCUAGAAAAGUUCGAAUAAAUUAUUCUUUUCCUAUUAAUGAACCUAAGAUAUACAUUUCCUUUUCAACAUAAUUUCAGAAAAAUCAUGUUAUUUUACUAAACUUCAAAAUUUAGCAUUUUCUAAAUAAAUCAUUCCAAGCAUUUGUGACAUCUAAUUCAAAAAUAUCCAUUAUUUUCUUAUUUGAAAAGUGUAUUGGUGUGAUGAUAAAAGAUUUAUUCCCCUCAAAAUUAACAAUUGAAGCAUCUAAGUACAUGAAUUUUUUCGCCCAAUCAAUACAUUAAACAUUGAAUAUGUUUCACAAUUUGUAUCAAGCAUAUGUUUCAUAAUUAUAUUUUCUGUGUCCAAAAUCUUACAAACUAAUCCUUGUUUUUAACAAAAAAAGAGUUUUUUUUUUUUAGAUAUUUAU